AUGCAAGUUACAUCAUCUGCUGCCCAUCCUACUACCCCACCAAGCACAUGUACCAUGCAGCAUGUUGGACGCAGGCAGGCGCAGACCAGCAAGGAAUAGAGAACUAUACAUGUAGGGAACUAGCUUGCCAUUGAUCAGCUUGAUAUCGUACAUGGAAAGGACGAUUUGACAAAUAUUUAAACUAUUGCUAAUGUCCCACCAAAUCCGAGUAACAUAGGUACUCUAAAUUCUAAUCUCCCCAUCUAAUUAUUCCAUAUUCAAAUCCAAACUCAAUCUUCCUUUCGCAACACCCUACUUUUACCGUGUACGAUGACGACUUUCAAGAGUACCCCGCUAUACGGAGGAGCUCUCAUCUGCGACCUCCCAGCUAGCUUCGCCGACGUGAGUCUUAUAAGACAAGUUCCCGACCACCAAGAAGCAUAUAUCGACAAAGAUGGCUUCACCAGCAUCAUCUUCGACAUCAACGAGCGCGUUGGCGGCCCGGGCAGCGGUCCCGAGAUAGACGGUCGCGCCUUGACUACGCACCUUGAGGAACUUGUAGGAGAAGACCUCGACAACGUCAAGGUCUGGAAUACCACACCCACUGUGUUCUCCCGCUUAGACGACGAGAUCCCCGCUUAUACGCUGAUCGCAACACACACGACGCAAAAGCCCGAUAAGCACACGGACGAUAAGCCCCAGCGGCCGGUCAGCAAGACGGACUUCACGGCUAUCAUUCUGACGCUAGUACGGCUAGAGCGCGAGAAGACGGACUUACUCAUUACCAUCAACGUGCCGCAUAUCCGCGGCGAGUACGACGAGGACGACGUCGACCUUCAGCUCGGCAAGCAGGGCAAGCUCAUCGGCGACGCCGUCGAUUACGCCGCUAAGAUCUGGGAGACCUUCAAAGUUAAGGACUGGGGUCUCUUCAACGAGGUCUAAGCGGCGCAGGAGUUGGGAAAUAAUGGGAUAUACUACAUUGCCAAUGGGAGUGUAGAAAUAGCGUUGUCGUGCGAUUAGUCGGAUUUAAAUUACAAAGAGCAGGAAUCACAAGAAGGGGAAGAGCAUGACGAGGCUUUGCUGGGGGAUAUUUCAAGGAACACUAUUUCCUUUGUUUGUCCAUGUUCCGCAGCCCCUCUGGGCUUCGGCUUUGAUACGAAUCACGAACGAGUAGUUAUGGAUAGGGGCUAGCAUGCAUAUUCGGCGGUAGGAAAGUUAGGGAAGUGGAUAUGGAAAUGACAUAUGACCGUUGCUUUAGGUAGAUAAGGAGGGAUUUUUGUCUCGCGUUCGGUACCUAGGCAGUUAUGUUAGGUAGCCUAGAUAGUAUCCCAAUUACCCUACGACUAGGGUUAGAUAGAGGCGAUGUUGCUUCAAGAAGACGGACUAAAGGCUGUCUUGGCUGUGACCGUUAGUAUUUACCUACCUAGGCAUUUGUAUAGAGUGUCAAUCUAUAGGUACUUUACUAUGAAUAUCAAGGUUCGUAUGAUCAA